AUGUUUAGAGCAAACCAAGCCAAUCCUUACGAUGAAGUAGUGGCCAAGGCCACCGAUGAGAAUUUGACAGGCGAGAACUGGGAGGUCAUUCUCAAUCUAUGUGAUAAAGUACAGGAAGAGGGUGAACAGGGUGCUCGUAACGUGAUCGCAGCGCUCUUGAAGCGUCUGACCCACCGUAGCCCCAAUGUACAACUCUACGCUCUUUCGCUAGGAGAAUCUCUCUCAAAGAAUUGUGGCAUCGACCUUCAUCGCGAGCUUGCCAGCCGAGCAUUUACUGGGGCAUUGGAGAAGCUUAUUGUUGAUCGGACAACACAUGAAAAAGUUCGUCGGAGGGCUCUCGGUCUCAUCGCGAUGUGGACAGCAGAGUUUGAACACGACCCCACUCUAGGAAUUAUGGAGGACUGCUACAACAAUCUGAAAGCAAAGAGCUAUCAAUUCGUAACUCCCUCCGAGCCAGCCCCACCGAGUGUCGAUGACGAGGCACGCCGACGUGAGGAGGAGGAACUCCAGCGCGCCCUCGAAAUCAGCAUGCGCGACAAGGGCGGGCGAUCCACUUACGCACCUGCUGCCUCAGCUGGUCCAUCCGGUGCAGCAAAGUAUGCAUCUGGGUAUGUCCCAGCGCGCUCGCCGAGCCCAAAGGCUCCCACACACGCAGUAAAUAGUCACAAUUCAAACGCCAGGACAACCUCAGGAUACUCUGCAACAAGUGGCGGCGUUUCAGCCAUGGCUGCUUCUUCGACAUCGUCGCUCCCAUCCCAAGCCUCUGCAGCAGUAGUCACUCGCGUCCGCGCUUUGCACACCUUUGAGCCUACAGAACCGGGCGAACUCGCCUUUGAAAAAGGUGAAGUGAUCAAGGUUGUGGAUCGAGGCUACAAGGAUUGGUGGCGAGGACAAUUGAAGGGACGCACAGGAAUAUUUCCCGUGAAUUAUGUUGAACCCCUCCCAGAGCCAACGGCUGCUGAGCUUGCUCGCGAGGCAGAACAAGAAGCAUCUGUCUUCGCUCAAGCCGCGAACGUCGAUCGACUGCUGACAAUGCUAAGGGGUCUGGAUGCAUCAAGAGAGAACCUAGCCGACAACGAGGAGAUCCAGGAAUUAUACCGCUCAUGCAUGGCCCUCCGUCCCAAGAUUGUCAAACUCAUUGACAAGUACAACCAGAAGCGGGCUGAUUUGGUAUCGAUGAACGAGUCCUUUGUGAAAGCACGCACGAUAUUUGAUCGGAUAAUGGAAGAUAGCCUUGCGCGUCACACCGGGAGUAAGCUAGACGACUCUCUAUGUUAUCUGAUCUCAUUAUGA